UAUUUGUGAAUGAGAAUUGUUUCUUGUUUCAGAUAUGAGCGUCUCUUUGGGCUACAACUUGACAUCGACCAUAUCACCGGACACAGAAUAUACUCCGUACGACCAGCGACCAGAGACCUACAUAGUACCCAUCCUGUUCUUCAUCAUCUUUGUGGUAGGAGUACUCGGAAAUGGUACAUUGGUCAUCAUUUUUCUUCGGCACAGAGCCAUGAGGAACGUUCCUAACACGUCAUAAGCUGUCAUGAAGAACGUUGUUAUGGAGUAGCAAAGCCUCAAUAUCUGAAAAAUUACUCAUAGUACAAUCGACAUUGAAAGCUCCAAUUCGACACCAUAUUAUUUCUUGCACAAGAUAUUUUUUUCACGAAUAUUUAUUCAAUUAUGAUAAAACCAAAAACCUUUUGCAAUCGCAUGAUGUACAGGGUGCGGCAGAUAGGA